CGCUCUUUCUAUCGGAUUUGGACCGUUGCAAUCUCAAAUCUCUUUUAAUAUCAAAUCUACAAAAACAACAGAGCAAAAAACAGAGUAAACCGUCAACUUUCAUAAAAAAUGGCAGAGACAUGUGAUUCUCUGCGACAAACCCAUCAACCAAACCCUGCUCUGCAAUCUCUUUUCCAUGUCCUUGACCCUAUUUCUCUCAUUCUUUCUCAGAAUUCAAGCCCUAGUAACCCAAUCCCUUUAAGGCUGACAACAGAGAGUUAUGUAAUGGAAAGAGGUCCCAGAUAUAGAGCAUAUGCAGAGUUGAGAGAAACAAAGCUGAGAAUGAAGGGCGGGAAGCAACAAGAAAGGGAAGAAAUUGAAUUUAAACAAACCCCAUCAAAGAAACAAGUGAAGUUUAGUUCAAGUUUAGGGAUUUCUAGGAAAGGGUCCUCUGUUUUGGCUCAAUCAGUGCCUGAGUUUUCAGCAACUUUAAGGAAAGAGAAUCGAAAGCCGGCAGUUACCAGUGGUAUUGAAUUGACACCACCAGCACCAACAAAGAAACGGUCAAAAGGGAAUGGGGUUUCGUUGCCCAAUUCGAGGGGGAGUAAGUCUGCAAAUGCAGGGGAGAAAAAAGGAAGGUUGAUGAUGGCAAGGAAGAGUUAUGCAAGUGUUGAAGAAUUGAAAGGGAUUACAUUGGCUGCAGCGAAUGCCAUUAAUGGUGGAAACAGGGGAAGGAAGAGUGGUGGCAGAAAAGUAGCUGGUCAUAACAUAACUGUUUUGGGGUAUAGACAGUUUUAGAAAAGAAAAAAAAAAAAAAGCUUUGAAUUUCACUUUGGUUUUUAAACUUUGUUUUUUUUUUUUCGUUUUUUGGGUUUCUUGAUUGGAUUUUGUUUUACAAGGAUUUGAUUACUUGUUCCCACAUGUUAGAGGGAUUAGAAGCUACGAAAUUUUUUUUUCUUGUUAAGUUUGUUUUUCUAUUGUAAA